AUGUCUGCGGCAGAAGCGAACCCUGUUGUUUUCAAGAAGUUUGGCUCGGGGACCCGCAGCGUCCCUCGUUCUGAUCUCAAGGCGAAGAAAUGGUAUCCGACCUACGAUGAGCCACAGCCAAAGAAGGCCCGCAAGUCCAUCCACCCAUCCAAACCCCGAGCCUCUCUUCAACCUGGUGCCGUCCUGAUCCUCCUCGCCGGUCGAUUCCGUGGUAAACGAGUUAUCCUCCUCAAGAACCUCAAGGAAGGCGCACUACUCGUGACCGGUCCCUUCAAGAUCAAUGGCGUUCCCUUACGACGAGUGAACUCCAGAUACGUCAUUGCGACAUCCACAAAAGUCGAUAUCAGUGGUCUGGACCAAUCGACAUUAGACAAGAUUGCCAGCCCCGAGUACUUUGCACGGGAGAAGAAGAGCAAGAAGGAGAAGGGUGAGGAUGCUUUCAUGAAGCAAGGAGAGAAGCCAAUAAAGAAGGCCCCUGCUUCUCAACGCGCGGCCGACCAGAAGACCAUUGACAAGCCCCUACUUUCGGCCAUUAAGAACGAAGAAUUCCUCGCCAGCUACUUGAAAUCCAGCUUCAGUCUGAGACACGGUCAGAAACCUCAUGAAAUGGUGUUCUAA